AUGGCGCGCAGUCAAGAUAGUGAAAAAGUCCUUGUUGUUCGACUAGAUCGUAACUUCAAUGUCAUUGAUUAUAACAGUCGAUAUCAAUCACCGACCGCGUUCAAAUCGACAACAAUACAUCGCGUGCCGGAAUCACGAAGAAAACGACCAGCGGUAUAUGAAGACAAAACUCCUACAUCUUAUAGACAAAUGAAUUAUGUUCAAGACACAGCAUCUGAUAUUGUACUGCCAUAUGAAGGAAGGUCUCAAGAAGUUCUAAUGCAGGCCCCAUCAAAGCGACGUCGCCGUCGUCUACGUUACAUUCCGCCGAAAUCGACUGUUCAGAUUUUCGACGAAAAAGUCGAUUGGCAUGCGCAAUCGAAAAUCGACACUCAUAAUGAUGAAGGCAUGAAACAAAUACGAAGUCAUCGAAGACCAGUGAUCGUCGACGAACCUCGUGUCUGGUUUGCACCUUCACGAACUGACAAUCACAAUCCUGAUUAUGUUAGACGUAGGCGACAAGAAAGAUCCCUUCAAUAUCAACAAUCAUAUAAUAUGUCACAAGAUCUACGAUCGUCCAACCAUGAGUUUUACUAUACUAACUAUGUGCCUGUUUAUGAUGAGUUUAAUAGACAAUAUCAACCAGUUGGAAUUCCACCAAUGCAAAAUCGAAGGAGUGUGUGGCCAGAAAGAAGCCGACGACCAUCUGGUGUUUCAGAAAAGCGUGAUCGAUGGAAUUUUAUCAAACCCAAAAUAGACAGUCAUAAUGAACAUAUGAUAGAUUAUAUAGAAAGUCAACCGAAAUCCAAAAUCAUCAAUAACCUACCUCGUUGGAGAUCCGAGCCGAGAAUCAGAACAUUCAAUGAAUCGUACGAUCCGAGAUAUACGCAUAUAAAACCCGUGAUCUUUGAUGAAAAACCAAGAUGGUAUGCGCGCUCUAAAAUCGAUACUGGCUUCGCUUCCGAUCCAUAUUAA